AUGGGAUUAAUUCUGGGCAACGUACGGAGUGAUUUCGAAUCUCAUCCACGCGAAUACGUACAGCAAAGAUUCAGCAGACAACUCAAUGUCGUGAAAGGCGUUGGAGAUUCAUCACAGGGCACGAAUACGUUUACUUCUUUUUAUGCCUUAUAUCCUUUCGCACGGCACUGUCCUCAUGCACUUUCGUCUUCAACAAAGAAAGGUGCUGGGCCGACAGAUGUUACGACGGCGCUUAUCCCUCGUUUUCUCUUUUUUAUCAUUCCAACGGAAUCGACGACGGAGGGCGGUGGAUCGACGACGACGGAUGGCUACGCGCGACGAAACGACCAGGCAUCAUUGCCCUUCCAAUAUUUUUAA